GGAGUGCUUGUGGGUGCCUGGGCCGCCCUGGCCUGCCGCUAGCAGUCUCACCUGCAGGGAGGGGCCUCUCAGAAACUGCCUUCCUGGGCCCGGUUGCCCCACCUAGCCAGAGCCCAGCUGAGGAGCCAGCGAAGACGCACACCCGCCGUCCGCCACCCGCUGCCUGCCCAGCCCGAGCCAGCACCUGCCUGUACCACCAUGUUCAAGGGGCUGAGCAAAGGCUCCCAGGGGAAGGGCUCUCCCAAAGGCUCCCCGGCCAAGGGCUCCCCAGCCAAGGGCUCUCCCAAAGGCUCCCCCAACAAGUACAGCCGGGCGGCCACCCAGGAGCUGGCGCUGCUCAUCUCCCGCAUGCAGGCCAAUGCCGACCAGGUGGAGAGGGACAUCCUGGACACUCAGAAGAAGCUCCAGCAGGACCAGCUGCACAGAGAGCAGAGCCAGGCCCUGCAGCACCAGCAAGAGGCAGGCCGCAGCCUGAAGGAGGCCGAGGUGCUGCUCAAGGACCUCUUCCUGGACGUGGACAAGGCCCGGCGGCUCAAGCAUCCACAGGCAGAGGAGAUUGAGAAGGACAUCAAGCAGCUGCACGAGCGGGUGACCCAGGAGUGUGCAGAGUACCGAGCCCUGUAUGAGAAGAUGGUGCUGCCCCCCGACGUGGGGCCUAGAAUUGACUGGGCACGGGUGCUGGAGCAGAAGCAGAAGCAGGUGUGUGAGGGCCAGUACGGGCCGGGCAUGGCAGAGCUGGAGCAGCAGAUAGCUGAGCACAACAUCCUGCAGAGGGAGAUUGAGGCCUAUGGGCAGCAGCUGCGGAACCUGGUCGGGCAGGACUCGGCCACCAUCCGGAGCCAAUACCGGGACCUACUGAAGGCGGCCUCGUGGCGUGGGCAGAGCCUGGGCAGCCUAUACACGCACCUGCAGGGCUGCUCCCGCCAGCUGAGCGCGCUGGCUCAGCAGCAGCAGCGUAUCCUGCAGCAGGACUGGAGCGACCUCAUGGCGGACCCCGUGGGCGUGCGGCAGGAGUAUGAGCACUUCAAGCAACACGAGCUGUUGAGUCAGGAGCAGUGCGUGAACCAGCUGGAGGAUGAUGGCGAGCGCAUGGUGGAGCUCGGCCACCCCGCAGUGGGGCCCAUCCAGGCCCACCAGGAGGCCCUGAAGUUGGAGUGGCAGAACUUCCUGAACCUGUGCAUCUGCCAGGAGAGCCAGCUGCAGCACGUGGAGGACUACCGUCGGUUCCAGGAAGAGGCUGACUCUGUCAGUCAGACCCUGGCGAAGCUCAACUCCAGCCUGAGCACCCAGUACAACCCUGCCCCAGGUGGGGGCCCCAGAGGCCCCACAGAACUGCUGCGACAGCUAGAGGCAGAGGAGAAGCAGCUGCUCACAGCUGAGAGGACGGUGGGCGAACUGCAGAAGAAGAGCCGAGAGGUGGCCCCCCUGCCACAGCGCAGGAACCCGCCCCAGAAGGCCCUGCAAGUAGACAGCAUCUGCGACUGGGACUCUGGAGAAGUGCAGCUGCUGCGGGGGGAACGGUACCUCUUGAUGGACAACAGUGACCCCCACACCUGGGUGGUGCAGUACCCAGGCAGGGAGACCAAGAGGGCCCCAGCAGCCUGCUUCUGCAUCCCGGCUCCUGACCCAGAAGCCCUGGCCAGAGCUUCCAGGCUGACCAUGGAGCUGCAGGCAUUGAAGCAGAAACUGGUCACAGUCCAGAACCACCUGAAGUCCAGUGCCACAGAGCCCCUACAGCCUGCUCAGAGUGGCUCCACUCCAGCAGACCCCCAGGCCCAGAAGCUACUGACGCAGAUGACCAGGCUAAAUGGGGACCUGGGGCAGAUAGAGAAACAGGUGCUGGCCUGGGCUCGGACCCCGCUGAGUCGCAGCACACCACUGCAAGACCUGGAGGCUCGUAUCCAAAGCCAUAAGGACCUGGCUCAGCAGCUGCAAAGCCUAGGAGCAGAGAAGGAAGCAGCCCAGCAGGAGUGUGAGGCAUUUCUGUCCACCAAGCCCGUGGGUCCGGCUGCCCUGCACCUGCCCGUGGCCCUCAACAGCGUCAAGAACAAGUACAGCGACGUGCAGGCUCUCUGUAGCCUUUAUGGGGAGAAAGCCAAGGCUUCUCUGAGUCUGGAGCGGCAGAUCCAGGACACUGACGGGGUCAUCCGAGGCUUUGAGACAAACCUGGUUCAGGAGGCCCCUCUCCCUGCUGGCCCUGGUGCCCUGCAGGAGAGGGUCACCGAGCUGCAGCGCCAGCGGAGGGAGCUGCUGGAACAGCAGGCCUGCGUGCUGGGGCUGCACCGCCAGCUGAAGGCAGCCGAGCACACAUGUGGGGCACUGCAGAACUUCCACGAGUACUGCCAGGACCUGCCGCACCAGCAGCGCCAGGUGCGGGCCCUCACCGACCGCUACCAUGCCGUGGGGGACCAGCUGGAGCUGCGGGAGAAGAUGCUGCAGGACACCAGCCUCACCUACCAGCAGUUCAGGAAUUGCAGGGACAACUUGAGCUCCUGGCUGGAGCACCUGCCCCACAACCAGGUGUGGCCCAGCGACGGCCUCAGCCAGAUUGCCUACAAGCUGCAGGCACAAAAGAGACUGCUGCAGGAGAUCCAGGGCCGUGAGCAUGAAAGGGCCACAGUCUCCCGCCUCUCCCAGGACCUGCAGGCCGCCCUCCAGGACUAUGAGCUGCAGGUCGACGCCUAUGGAUGCUCCCUGGAGCCCACCCAGGCCAGGGCCACCCCCAAGAGGCCCCAGGUACCCUCCUUGCAAGAGAGCAUCCAGGAACAGGAGAACAGCCUGACGAAGGCCUAUACUGAGACCAUGGCUGCACAGAAGCAGCAGCUGCACCAGCUGGAGUUUGCCAGGAAAGUGCUGGAGAAGAAGGAGUUCAAUGAGGAGGUGCAGGUGACCCGGGGUGUGCAGCAGGGGUCCGCAAACCCCUCCGGAGCAGGGAGGGACCCCGAAACCCUGCGAUCCCAGCUGGAGGAGGAGAGGAAGCGAGUGGCCCAGGUGCAGCAGGAACUGGAGGAGCAGAGGAACCAGCUGCUACAACUGAAGACCCAGCGGCCCUUGGAGAGGCUGGAGGAGAAGGAGGUGGUGGAGUUCUACCGAGACCCCCAGCUGGAGAGCAGCCUGUCCGGGGUGAGGGCCCAGAUAGAGGAUGAGACCAAGAAGCGGGCCUGCCUGCAGGCAGACUUAGAAGUGGCAGCCCAAAAGGUGGUUCAGCUGGAGAGCAAGAGGAAAACCAUGCAGCCUCACUUGCUCACGAAGGAGGUCACCCAAGUGGAGAGGGACCCUGGCCUGGACAACCAGGCAGCCCAGCUCAGCAGCGAGCUCCAGCAGCUCCGGGGAGAGAAUGCAGCUGUCCUGGCCCAGCUGGAGGGGCUCAAGCAGGUGCUGCGGGCUCUGGAGCAGAAAGAGGCAGAUGUUAAGGAGAAGGUGGUGCUGAAGGAGGUGGUCAAGGUAGAGAAAGACCUGGAGAUGCUCAAGGCGGCACAAGCGCUGAGGCUGCAGCUGGAAGAGGACGUUGUGCACAGGAGGGGGGCAGAGGAGGCCGUGGCCAAGCUGAAGGCUCGCAUCGGCGACCUGGAGCGGGCCAUCAGCACCGUGGAGCCCAAGGUCAUUGUGAAGGAGGUGAAGCAGGUGGAGCAGGACCCAAGCCUUGUCCAGGAGGCAUCCAGGCUGCGGAGCCUCCUGGAGGAGGUAAAAAGAGAGAACACCGCGCUGGCCGGGGAGCUGAAGGAGCUGCAGGGCAAAUACAGCGAGGUGGAGAGGCAGAGGCCCCGGGUGGAGCUGCAGGAGCGCGUCCACGAGAUCUUCCAGGUGGACCCGGAGACGGAGCGGGAGAUAGCUCGGCUCAGGGCUGAGGUGCGGGAGACCACCCUUCGGAGGACUGCCGUGGAGAAGGAGGUGGAGGGGCUGCUGGCUGAGCUGGCAGUCCUGCGGGCCCAGAAACCCGCCGUGGAGUACAAGGAGGUGACGCAGGAGGUGGUGAAGCACGAGAGGAACCCCGAGGUGCUGCGGGAGAUCGACCGCCUCAAGGCGCAGCUCAACGAGCUGGUCAACAGCAGCGGGAGGGCGCAGGAGCAGCUCAUCCGGCUGCGGGGGGACCGGGAUGAGUGGAGGCGGGAGCGCUCCAAAGUGGAGACCAAGACGGUCAACAAGGAGGUGGUGCGGCACGAGAAGGACCCCGUCCUGGAAAAAGAGGCCGAGCGGCUGCACCAGGAGGUGCGGGAAGCAGCCCAGAAGAGGCGGGCCGUGGAGGACCUGGUCUACGAGCUGCAGAGCAAGUACCUGCUGCUGGAGAGGAGGCGGCCUGAGGAGAAGGUGGUGGUGCAGGAGGUGGUGGUGACCCAGAAGGACCCGAAGCUCCGUGAGGAACACAGCCGGUUGAGCCAGAGCCUGGACCAGGAGGUGGGCCGGCGGCGGCAGCUGGAGCGGGAGGUGCAGCAGCUGCAGGCCGACGUGGAGGACAAGGAGGGUCUGCUCAGCUUCCGGGAGGACCGCAGCAAGAAGCUGGCUGUGGAGAAGGAGCAGCGGCAGCUGACGCUGAGGAUCCAGGAGCUGGAGACGCGGCCUCCCGCCGUCCAGGAGAAGAUCAUCAUGGAGGAGGUGGUCAAGCUGGAGAAGGACCCCGACCUGGAGAAGUCCACGGAAGCCCUGCGGCGGGACUUGGACCAGGAGAAGAGGCAGGUGACGGAGCUGCACCGAGAGUGUAAGAAUCUGCAGGUCCAGAUCGAUGUGCUUCAGAAAACCAAGUCCCAGGAGAAGACCAUCUACAAGGAAGUGAUCAGGGUGGAGAAGGACCAGGUGCUGGAGGGCGAGAGGUCCCGGGUGUGGGAGAUGCUUAACUGGGAGCGCACCACCCGGCAGGGCCGGGAGGAGGAAGUGAGGCGCCUGCAGGAGCGGAUUGAUCAGGCCGAGGCUCUGGGGAAGACCUGGGCCCGGGAGGAAGCUGACCUCCAGAAGGCUCGGAGCCAGGCGAGCCAGGAGCAGAGGCAGCUUCAGCAGCAGCUGCGGGACCUGGAGAGGCAGAAGCAGCAGAAGGUGCUGCACCUGCAGGAGGAGUCCAGGUUGCUCAGCCAGAAGACGGAGAGCCAGCGGCAGAAGGCGGCCCAGAGGGGCCAGGAGCUCUCGCAGCUCGAGGCGGCCAUCCUCCAUGAGAAGGACCGAAUCUACGAGAAGGAGAGGGCCCUCCGGGAACUCCACGCCAAAGUCAACCGGGAGGAGCUCAACCAGGAGACCCAGACGAGGGAGACCAACCUGUCCACCAAGAUUUGCAUCUUGGAGCCCGAGACAGGGAAGGACAUGUCGCCAUAUGAGGCCUACAAGAGGGGCAUCAUUGACCGCUGCCAGUACCUGCAGCUACAGGAGCUGGAGUGUGACUGGGAGGAGGUGACCACCUCGGGCCCCUGCGGAGAGGAGUCUGUGCUCCUUGAUCGCAAGAGCGGGAAGCAGUACUCCAUUGAGGCGGCCUUGCGCUGCCGGCGCAUCUCCAAGGAGGAGUACCAUCUCUACAAGGAGGGCCGCCUCCCCGUCUCCGAGUUUGCCCUGCUGGUGGCGGGAGAGACCAAGCCCUGCUCCUCCCUCUCCAUCGGCUCCAUCAUCUCCAGGUCUCCACUCGCCUCCCCUGGCCCCCAGAACACUGGCUCCUUCUGCCCUGGCUUCUCUUUCGGCCUGAGUGACGAUAGCUUCCCCAUCGCUGGGAUCUAUGACACAACCACAGAUAACAAAUGCUCCAUCAAGACAGCUGUGGCCAAGAACAUGCUGGACCCCAUCACGGGGCAGAAGCUGCUGGAGGCCCAGGCGGCCACAGGGGGCAUCGUGGACCUCCUGAGCCGGGAGCGCUACUCUGUGCACAAGGCCCUGGAGCGGGGGCUGAUCGAGAACACGUCCACCCAGAGGCUGCUCAACGCCCAGAAGGCUUUCACCGGCAUCGAAGACCCGGUCACCAAAAAGCGGCUGUCCGUGGGCGAGGCUGUCCAGAAGGGCUGGAUGCCCCGGGAGAGUGUGCUCCCCCACCUCCAGGUGCAGCACCUGACCGGGGGGCUCAUCGACCCCAAGAGGACAGGCCGCAUCCCCAUCUCACAGGCCGUGCAGUCCGGAAUGAUCAGUGAAGAGCUGGCCCAGCUCCUGCAGGAUGAGACCAGCUAUGAGAAGGAUCUGAUAGACCCCGUCUCCAAAGAGUGGCUGAGCUACAAGGAGGCCAUAGGGCGCUGCCGAAAGGACCCCCUGAGCGGCCUGCUGCUCCUCCCAGCCGUGCUGGAGGGCUACCGCUGCUACCGCACAGCCUCCCCCACCAUCCCGCGUUGCUUGCGCUGAGGGAGAGCCAGGCAGCCGGGGAAGGUGCGUGCGUGCAUGUGUGUGUGUGUGUGUGUGUGUACGCGCGCGUGUUGAGGGUGGACCAUGCAUGUACCCCACGCCCCCACAGCAGCAUAGCUUGAGGGAAUGGGCCAUACCUCUGACCGCUGUUCUCUUAGUCCAAUACUUGAGGUGUCGGGCAACUCCGACUUUGGGACCCAGUCCAGCCCCAUACCCGCAGCUCAGUUUCCCUCCUUUCUUUCCUGCUUCCCCACCCCCAGUAUUUUCAAUAAAUGAAUUCUUGUCUCUUCCA